AUGGCCAAACCAACCUUUAAAUUGGGAUUAUCCUUUCCUUCAGGAAAAAUGUUUAAGCAAGCAAUAAGGGAGUAUGCAAUAAAAAAUGGAAAGGAUAUAUGGUUUAAGAGGAAAGAUCCACAUAGAGCCAGGGCACAAUGUAAGGGUGUUAACUGGCCUUGGGUGUGUUUUGCAUCUAAGGUUGAUGACACUCCCACUUUUGUCAUCAAAACAUAUGAAGCUAAACACAAGUUCUCUAGGAAAAAUAAUAAUAGGUUUGCAACUUCCCAGUGGUUGAGUGACAAAUACUUGGAAGAGUUCAAGAUUAAUGAAAAGAAAGGUGUUUCCACAUUUAUGCACAAGGUUAGUAAGGACCAUGUGCUUGAAAUAUCAAGGGAUAAAGCCUAUAGAUCUUGGAUGAUUGCAAUAGAAAACAUUGAAGGGAGCUAUGAGGAACAAUAUGCUGCUCUUUGGGACUAUGCAGAGGAAAUUAAGUCAACUAAUAGGGGUUCAACAAUUGAGUUUCUGAAACAAAUGGCAGAAAAUAGGGUGCCAUGGUUUAAGAGGAUGUACAUAUGCUAUUAUGGGUUGAGAGAUGUUUUCAAUGGAGGAUGCAGACCCGUCAUUGGUUUAGAUGGGUGUCAUAUUAAAGGUGUACAUCCAGGACAGUUGCUAAGAGCAGUUGGUGUAGAUGGAAACAACCAAAUGUUUCUUGUUGCCUUUGCUGUGGUAGAAAUAGAAAAUAAAGACUCUUGGAGUUGGUUUGUGAACAUGUUGAGGAUAGACUUGAAAAUUGACAACUCUAACCACUGGACCUUUAUCACAAACAAACAAAAAGGAUUGGAACAAGCUUUGACGGGGAUGUGGGAAGAAGGGAUACCUGAAGCUGAGCAUAGACAUUGUGAUAAAUCAUUAAAAGACCUGCUAUGGAAGGCUGCUAGAGAAGUAACUAUUCGAAGGUUUGAAGCUGUUAUGGAAGAGAUUAGAAAGAUCAAUAAUGAAGCUUAUGAGUGGUUGAUUGCUGUAGGUCCAAAACAUUGGUCUAGAUCACACUUUAGGACUAACCCUAAAUGUGACAUUCUGUUGAAUAACAUGUGCGAGGCUUUUAAUGGGACAAAAUCAAUAUUGGCUACUAGAGACGGACCAAUAUUGUCAAUGCUAGAGCGACUUAGGAUGUACUUGAUGUAA